AUGUGGGCUAUUCCUGUCUACCAUGUCUUGCUUCUGGCCACUGCCAGCGCGCUGCCAGUCGACAACGACUCCUGUAUCCAAGGAAACACGUGCUCUCUCCCAGUAUGCUUCUGUGCCAACUCGAGCUCUAAUGGUGCUGGGUUGGCUCCAGGCGGUAUCAAGCCUGGCGAGAUUCCACAGAUAGUUGCCUUCAGUUUUGAUGACGCCGUCACCGCCGUCAACUACCCGUUUUACGAACAGUUAUUUCCGGAGAGUCGAAAGAACCCGAAUGGCUGUCCGGUCACCAUGAGCCUGUUCGUCAGUCACAAUUACACCGACUAUGGGCUGGUGAGAAAUCUGCAUCAGCGGGGGAUGGAGAUAGGCUCCCAUAGCGUCCAACACUCGUCAUCCUACUCCGUAUGGACGCAGAUGUCUAGAGACGACAUGUUGUUCGAAUCCCAGGAAUCGAAGAGGCUGAUAUCAGCUGGCGCCGGAAUUCCCGUGGAAGACAUCCGCGGCUGGAGAUUUCCUUUCCUUCAGCCUGGCGGAGACCUGUCUUUCGAGGUUCUUCAAGAGGCAGGGUACGAGUACGACUCAAGUCUGCUUACUUUGGGAACAACCGGAAGUACUCAGCAACAAUGGCCUUUCACCCUGGACUUUGGUUUCAUCCCCACUUGCGUCAUUCCGUCAUGUCCGCAGAACUCACACAAGGGAUUCUGGGAAAUCCCAGUUGUACCAAUCAGCGACAGAACUGGCACUUUUCCGUGCAGCUAUAUCGAUGGUUGCGUCAACCAGCCAACAAGUAAGACAGAAGCCCUGGAGAUUCUUAUGAAAAAUUUCUAUGCAAACUAUAACGGUCGACGAUCUCCGCUUUACAUCAACUUGCGCGCUUCCUGGCUUACAUCUUAUUUCAAGCUGGAAGCCAUGGACGAAUUUAUACAAACCAUUUUGGGAAACAACGAUGUCUAUAUCGUCAGCUUUCACAAAAUGCUGGAAUGGGUGCGCGACCCGACGAGGCUUGCCGAAAUUUCAUCUUUCAAACCCUGGGAUUGUGAGCGUCAAUAA